GUAGCCCCGCCCCCUGGAGCCGAGCAGGACUGGCCAGGCCGGGCAGGGCCGCGGGCCGGGUUAGGCCAAGCCCCACCGGACCGAACCGAACCGAACCGAACCGAACCGAACCGGCCCGAACGAUGAAGCUGACGCGGGAGAUGGUCCUGUCCCGGGCCAAGGCCUCGGAGCUGGAGAGAGUGCGGAAGCUCAACUGUUGGGGCAGCCACCUUACAGACAUUUCAAUAUGCCGAGAGUUGCCCAGCAUUGAAGUAAUUACUCUCAGCGUCAACGGAGUCUCAAGCCUGGAGCCGAUAAGUCACUGCCUGCAUCUGAGCGAACUCUACCUGAGGAAGAAUAGCAUCUCCAGCUUGGCCGAGCUCUUCUACCUGAAAGACCUGCCCCGGUUGAGGGUCCUGUGGCUGGCCGAGAACCCCUGCUGUGGUUCCGAUCCCCACCGAUACAGGAUGACUGUUCUGCGAAACCUCCCUAACCUCCAAAAGCUGGACAACCAGAAUGUGACAGAAGAAGAGCUGUCUCAGGCUCUGGUGGAAGGGGAGGAGAUAAUAAGUGCUCCGGUCCGUCAGGGCACAGAGAAUGGCCAUCCGGAAAUGUCCUGUGAACUGAGUGUGUCGGAUUCCGCGGCGGAGACGCAAAGUGACCCGCUUAACUACAGUAUGGAGGAGACAAAUAAAAUUCGUGAACAGCUUGGGAUGAAGCCACUUCUGCGGGAUAGAUUUUCCUCCUUCUCCCCCCGGGAAACAGACAGUAGCAGAAAGAAGAGGAACAACAUCCUAAAUGCCAUCUUGCUGCUCCUGAAGGAACUAGACACAGAGGGACUGGACAUCAUCCAUCAGACGAUUGGAAGCAGGCUCCAGGCCCUACGGAGAAAGGAGUGUCAGGAGGAGGAUCAGUAGAGGCUGCCGCGGGGAUCCGAAAAACGGUCCGGCCCAACGGCGCGACCCCGCUCGCGCGGCCUCAUUUUCAUCUCAUCCAGUUCCCUGCUGCGUUUUCUCCAGGUGCCCCGGCCUCGGGUGAGAGCUGGGGUGGGUGGCAACUUCACGUCGGAAGCUCGGAUCACCCGGCCACCAGAGAGCCGUCCGUUGUCACGCCUGUGUUCGGGACCCGUGACCGAAUCAUUCGUGACGCUCCUCGGGCCCGUAUCCGGACGACCCCACUCACCGCUCCGUGGAACUUUUCAGGAGAGAUGUUGCUCUUCCUCCGGAGGGUUGCGUGUUCGCCAGUACACUCAAAUGACCCCGAGAAAGGUAAAAGAGAUCAUUCUUUCGAUUGCCUCUUCGUGGUGACCGACGUGACUCCGAGCACGUUCGACUGAUGCUGGCGUCUCCGAGAGUUGUCCUUUCCCGGAAAUAGCAUGCGAGAAUCGGUCUCCACCGUCGAUCUUCUUUUUCAUUUUCUCUCCCUUCGUAAAGUAAGGGACCGCGCUGAAGCGUGACUCAUAAUGGAGGGCCUUGAAAGUAAUUUUCCCCAUUAAAGUACAUAUUUUUCCAAAAUACAGCAUUGACCUGUAUUUUCUAAAUGAACACAUGUAAAAGUCGAUUGCAAAAUAAAUACCAUUUUUCUCAGGA